UUCUAUUUUUCCUUCUAAUUUCUGCUGUGACUUUGUUACAAACAAUCCAACCAUGGCCUCCGCUAGCACCGAGAGACCCUCUUCUUCUUCCACUUCUAAGUCUCAAUGGAGUUACGAUGUGUUUUUGAGUUUUAGUGGUGAAGAUACUCGCAGAAGCUUCACUGAUCAUCUCUACUCGGCUUUGAUUCGUAACAAUAUUGGAACCUUUACAGAUGAUGAACUUCCAAGGGGAGGAGAGAUUAAACCAGAGCUCUUAAAAGCAAUUGAAGAAUCAAGGAUUGCCCUUAUUGUCUUCUCAAAAGCCUAUGUUCAUUCCGAAUUCUGUCUGGAAGAGCUUGUCAAGAUCAUGAAUUGCAGAAAAGAAAAGAGACAAAUAGUUUUCCCAAUUUUCUCUUAUGUGGAUCCGUCUGAAGUGCGGAACCAAACUUGGAUUUGGCAUCAUGAGGGAAAAGCAGAUGAGGAAAAAAUGGAAAAGAUAAGGAAAUGGAGGACUGCCUUGAGGGAAGCGGGCAAUUUGGCUGGAUAUUAUGUGCAAAACAGGUAUGAAUCAGAGGUUAUUGAGGCAAUUAUUGAAAACAUCCAUGGAAGCUUACCUAAGAUUUUAGAUGCUAAUGAUAACAUUGUUGGGAUGGAUUCUCGUUUGGAAAAACUAAUAUCAUUGUUAAAGAUUGAGUUGAAUGACGUUCGCAUGGUUGGGGUUUAUGGGCUUGGUGGAAUUGGUAAGACUACCAUCAUCAAUGCGCUUUAUAACAAAAUCUCAUAUCAAUUCAAAAGUAUUAGCUUCCUUAGAGAUGUCAGAAAAGAAUCCACAAAAAAUUCUGGUCUACUUAAGUUACAACAACAACUUCUUGAUGAUACUCUAAAGACAAAAGGGCAAAUAAUUUUAAGGAAUGUUUAUGAAGGUAUCAAAGUAAUAAGGGACAACCUUUCCUCAAAAAAGGUUCUUAUUGUUUUGGAUGAUGUAGAUGAGCUGACACAAUUAGAACACUUAAUUGGAAAGCAUGAUUGGUUUGGUCCAGGAAGUAGAAUUGUCAUUACUACUAGGAAAAAAUAUUUGCUAACUAGGCAUGAAGUGGAUGAUAUGUAUGAAGUUGACAAAUUAAACUUUCAAGAAGCUCUUCAACUUUUUUGUUGUUAUGCCUUUAAACAACAUCAUCCUAAGAAAGGUUAUAGAGUUCUCUCUCAUCAAGUAGUACAAUAUGCUGAUGGUCUUCCAUUAGCACUUAAAGUUUUGGGUUCUCUAUUAUUUGGAAAGCAACCACCAGAUUGGGAAAGCAAAUUGCGGAAGCUGGAAAAGACCCCUAGCAUGGAAAUUCUAAAUGUGCUUAAAAUAAGUUUUGAUGGAUUGGAUUAUAUAGAAAAAAUGAUAUUUCUUGACAUUGCAUGUUUCUUUAAAGGACGAGAUGUAAAAAGAGUUUCAAGAAUAUUGAAUGGUUCUACAUUCAAUGCGGAAAGUGGAAUAAAUGCUCUCAUUGAUAGGUGUUUCAUAACCAUUUCAAAGGACAACACAAUAGAUAUUCAUAAUUUGUUAGUCCAAAUGGGCAAGGACAUUGUUGAUCAAGAAUGUCCUAAUGAGCCAGGAAAGAGGAGCAGAUUAUGGAGACAUACAGAUAUUUAUCGAGUAUUGAAAAGAAACACGGGGACUGAACAAAUUGAAGGGAUACUCCUUGAUAUGGACAAAUCAGAACAGAUACAAUUUACAUCCAAAGCUUUCGAAAGGAUGAAUAGACUUAGAUUGCUUAUUGUCUCCCACAAUCACGUACAACUUUCUGAAGAUUUUGUAUUUCCGUUUGAUGACUUGACAUGGCUUAGUUGGGAUGGAUAUUCUUUAGAAUCUCUACCAUCAAACUUUCAUGCAAACAAUCUUGUUUCCCUCGAUUUGAGCAAUAGUAACAUAAAACUACUUUGGAAAGGAAACAUGUGUCUUAGAAAUUUAAGGUACAUCGAUCUCAGCGAUUCUCAACAGCUCAGUGAACUGCCAAAUUUCUCAAACAUGCCAAAUUUGGAGGAACUAAUUCUUUCAGGGUGUGUAAGCCUUGAGAGUCUUCCUGGGGACAUUCAUAAGUUGAAACACCUUUUAACUCUUCAUUGCAGUGGCUGUUCAAAACUAACUAGUUUUCCAAAAAUCAAGUGCUGUAUUGGAAAACUAGAGAAGCUUAGUUUAGAUAAAACAGCUAUAAAAGAGCUACCAUCAUCGAUUGAACUUCUAGAAGGUCUUCGCAACUUGUAUUUGGAUAAUUGUAAAAACCUUGAGCAUCUCCCGAACAGCAUUCGUAAUUUGAGAUUUCUUGAAGUUCUAAGUCUUGAAGGCUGCUCAAAACUUGACAGAUUGCCAGAGGACCUGGAGAGAAUGCCAUGUCUAGAGGUUCUUUCUUUAAAUUCGCUCAGUUGUCAAUUGCCUUCUUUGUCAGGUUUAUCUCUCUUAAGGAAACUACAGUUAGAUCAAAGCAAUCUAACACCUGGAGUAAUAAAGAGUGAUAACUGCUUGAACGCAUUGAAAGAAUUAAGUCUAAGAAACUGCAAUCUAAAUGGAGGAGGAGCCUUCCAUUGUAUUUUCCUUCUAUCCUCACUGGAGGUAUUAAAUCUAAGUGGGUGCAAUCCAGAGGAAGGAGGAACCCUCAGUGACAUACUUGUGGGUAUCAGUCAACUCUCGAACCUGAGAGCCCUUGACUUGAGUCACUGCAAGAAGCUUUCACAAAUUCCAGAGCUUCCUUCAAGUCUGCGACUGUUAGAUGUGCACAGCUCAAUUGGGACCCCAUUGCCACCGAUGCAUUCUCUGGUGAAUUGCCUCAAAUCAGCAAAUGAGGAUUUGAAACACGAGAGCAAAUCAAAUGGAGUAUUUCUGGCUGAUUCUCACUACAUUGGCCAUGGAAUCUGUAUUGUAGUUCCGGGAAGCAGUGGAAUUCCCAAGUGGAUAAGGAAUCAGAAAGAGGGAUAUCAGAUCACAAUGGAGCUUCCUCAGUAUUGUUUUGAAAAUAAUGACUUCUUGGGAAUUGCUAUAUGCUUUGUUUAUGCUCCACUCGAUGAAUGUGACUAUUUACUUGAAGCUGAAUCUUCAUUCUCCACUGAGUUAGAAUGUCAAUUGUCAUUGAAUGAAGGAUAUGGAUUUUCUUCCCUGUGUGUGGGACAUCUCAGUUUUCGCACUACUUGUAAAUGCUACCAUGAUGGAGGUGUAUCAGAACAAAUGUGGGUGAUAUUCUAUCCCAAGGCUGCUAUUCUGGAGAGCUGUCACACCAAUCAAUUCACAUUUCUUGAGGCUCUAUUUAUAGGCUCUCGCAAUCAUUUUAAGGUGCUCAAGUGUGGGCUCCAACCUAUAUACGCCCAAGAUCCAAUAGUACAGACUGAGGAUGUGGAUGCUAGCUGCUUGGAAUGUCAGACGGACGUGGAACACCGAAAGCUUUGUUUAAAGGGUCAGACAAUCAGCCUACUACCCAUUGAGCGUGCCUCUGAAGUUUAUGUCUUACAGUACUUUCCAGAAAUCUUGGAGAAUAUGAAAAACUUAAGGGAGCUUCACUUGAAGGAAACGGCUAUAAAAGAGCUACCAUCAUCAAUCGAACAUUUGAAUAGGCUUGAAAUUUUGAAUCUGGACGGCUGCAAAAGCCUUGUGACUCUUCCAGAAAGCAUUUGUAAUUUAUGCUUUCUUGAAGUUCUCGAUGUCAGUUACUGUUCAAAACUCCACAAAUUGCCGCAAAACUUGGGGAGGCUGCAAAGCUUGAAGCAUCUCCGUGCUUGUGGCUUAAAUUCAACAUGUUGCCAAUUGCUUUCUUUGUCAGGUUUAUGCUCCUUAGAGACGUUAAAUCUACGUGGGUCAAAGCUAAUGCAAGGAGAAAUCCUGAGUGAUAUUUGCUGCUUGUACUCGUUGGAAGUGUUAGAUCUAUCUUUCUGCAGUAUAGAUGAAGGAGGAAUCCCCACUGAAAUUUGCCACCUAUCAUCUCUGCGACAAUUACUUCUAACCGGGAAUCUUUUUAGGAGCAUACCUGCUGGGGUCAAUCAACUUUCUAUGCUGAGACGGCUUGACUUGGGUCACUGUCAAGAGCUUCGACAAAUUCCAGCGCUUCCAUCCAGUUUGCGUGUCUUAGAUGUACAUGAGUGCACACGGCUGGAAACUUCUUCAGGUCUACUCUGGUCUUCUCUAUUCAACUGCUUCAAAUCAGUGAUUCAGGAUUUUGAAUGUGAGAUUCAUCCUAGACAAAAACGUUUUGCCGGAGUAAAUCUUAUUAUUUCUGGAAGGUGUGGAAUUCCAAAAUGGAUAAGCCGUCACAAAAAGGGAGCUAAAGUAGUAGCAAAGCUUCCUCAAAAUUGGUAUAAAAAUAACAACUUGUUGGGUUUUGUUUUGUACUCUGUCUAUGAUCCACUUGAUAAUGAAUCUGAGGAGACACUGGAGAAUGAUGCAACUUACUUCAAGUAUGGUUUGACUUUGCGUGGUCAUGAAAUUCGGUUUGUGGAUGAACUCCAGUUUUAUCCCUCGUGUCACUGCUAUGAUGUUGUACCAAAAAUGUGGAUGAUUUAUUAUCCGAAGGUGGAGAUUGUGAAGAAGUACCCCUCAAAUAAAUGGAGGCAAUUGACAGCUUCAUUUUGUGGCUUCUUACGUGGUAAAGCAAUGAAAGUGGAAGAGUGUGGGAUCCAUCUUAUAUAUGCCCAUGAUCAUGAACAGAACCAUGGUAAAGCAAUGAUACCCACCAUUUGCUGGGGAUGUCAAAAGGAUGUGCAAUCCCAACGAAAGCUUUGUUUAAAGGGAACUGCUAUCAAUGAACUACCCACUAAUGGGUGUCCCUUAGAACUUGAUAGCUUAUGUUUGCGGGAAUGCAAAAACCUUGAGCGUCUUCCCAGUAGCAUAUGUGAGUUGAAAUCCCUUACAACUCUCUUCUGCUCAGGCUGUUCACGAUUAAGGAGCUUUCCGGAAAUCCUUGAGGAUGUGGAAAAUUUAAGAGAGCUUCAUUUAGAUGGAACUGCUAUAGAAGAACUACCAGCAUCAAUUCAAUAUUUAAGAGGGCUUCAAUAUUUGAAUCUCUCAUAUUGCAGCAACCUUGUGAGUCUUCCAGAAAGCAUUUGUAAUUUGAGUUCUCUCAGAACUCUAGAUGUCAGUUUCUGUACAAAACUUGAGAAAUUUCCCAAGAACCUCAGGAGUUUGCAAUGUUUAAAGGGUUUGUACGCUCCAGGAACUGCUAUAGAAGAACUACCAUCAUCAUUUGAGCAUCUACAAGGGCUUCAAUAUUUGAACCUGGCAUGUUGCGACAGCCUUGUGAGUCUUCCAGAAAGCAUUUGUAAUUUGAGUUCUCUCAUAACUCUAGAUGUCGGUUUCUGUACAAAACUUGAGAAAUUUCCCGAGAACCUCAGGAGUUUGCAAUGUUUAAAGGAUUUGUACGCUCCAGGAACUGCUAUAGAAGAACUACCAUCAUCAUUUGAGCAUCUACAAGGGCUUCAAUUUUUGAACCUGGCACGUUGCGACAGCCUUGUGAGUCUUCCAGAAAGCAUUUAUAAUUUGAGUUCUCUCAUAACUCUAGAUGUCAGUUUCUGUACAAAACUUGAGAAAUUUCCUGAGAACCUCAGGAGUUUGCAAUGUUUAAAGGAUUUGUACGCUCCAGGAACUGCUAUAGAAGAACUACCAUCAUCAUUUGAGCAUCUACAAGGGCUUCAAUUUUUGAACCUGGCACAUUGCGACAACCUUGUGAGUCUUCCAGAAAGCAUUUGUAAUUUGAGUUCUCUCAGAACUCUAGACAUCAGUUUCUGUACAAAACUUGAGAAACUUCCCGAGAACCUCAGGAGUUUGCAAUGUUUAGGGGGUUUGCACGCAUCAGGUCUAAAUCUAAGCAUGGACUGUUUUAGUAGCAUAUUUGCAGGCAUCAUUCGACUUUCCAAACUGAGAGUCCUUGACUUGAGUCACUGCCAGAGGCUUCUACAAGUUCCAGAGCUUCCGCCAAGUUUACGAGUUCUAGAAGUCCACAGUUGCACAUGCUUGGAAACUUUAUCAAGUCCAUCAAGUCUACUUGGUUUUUCUCUGUUCAAAUGCUUUAAAUCAACAAUUGAGGAUUUGAAACACGAGAAGAGUUCAAAUGGAGUAUUUCUCCCUAAUUCCGACUACAUUGGCGAUGGAAUCUGUAUUGUUGUUCCGGGAAGCAGUGGAAUUCCCAAGUGGAUAAGGAAUCAGAGAGAGGGAUAUCAUAUCGCAAUGGAGCUUCCUCAGAAUUGUUAUGAAAAUGAUGACUUCUUGGGAAUUGCUAUAUGCUCUGUUUAUGCUCCACUCGAUGAAUGUGAAAAUGAUUUGGCACGUGCAUCGGAAAAUGAAUCUGGUGACGAAGCCCUAAAUGAAUAUGACGAUUUACUUGAAGCUGAAUCUUCAAUCUCCAUUGAGUUAAGUUGUCAAUUGUCAUUGAAUGAAGAAUAUGGAUUUUCUUCCGUGUGUGUGCGACAUCUCAGUUUUCGCACUACUUGUAAAUGCUACCAUGAUGGAGGUGUAUCAGAACAAAUGUGGGUGAUAUUCUAUCCCAAGGCUGCUAUUCUGGAGAGCUGUCACACCAAUCGAUUCAAGCAUCUUAUUGCUGUAUUUAUGGGCUCUCGUAAUCAUUUUAAGGUGCUCAAGUGUGGGCUCCAACCUAUAUACGCCCAAGAUCCAAUAGUACAGACUGAGGAUGUGGAUGCUAGCUGCUUGGAAUGCCAGUGGAAUGUGGAAUACCGGAAGCUUUGUUUCAAGGGUCAGAUAAUCAGCCAACUACCCAUUGAGCGUGCCUCUGAAUUUGAUACCUUAUGUUUGCGAGAGUGCAAACACCUUAAGAGUCUGCCAACAAGCAUUUGGGAGUUGAAAUCCCUGAAAUCUCUCUUUUGCUCUUACUGUUCACAAUUACAGUACUUUCCAGAAAUCUUGGAGAAUAUGGAAAACUUAAGGCAGCUUCACUUGAACGGAUCGGCUAUAAAGGAGCUACCAUCAUCAAUUGAACAUUUGAAUAGGCUUGAAGUUUUGAAUCUGGACGGCUGCAAAAACCUUGUGAGUCUUCCAGAAAGCAUUUGUAACUUAUGCUUUCUUCAAGUUCUCGAUGUCAGUUACUGUUCAAAACUCCACAAAUUGCCACAAAACCUAGGGAGGCUGCAAAGCUUGAAGCAUCUCUAUGCUGUUGGCUUAAAUUCAACAUGUUGCCAAAUGCUUUCUUUGUCAGGUUUAUGCUCCUUACAGACGUUAAUUCUACAUAAGUCCAAGCUAAUGCAAGGAGAAAUUCUGGGUGAUAUUUGCUGCUUGUACUCGUUGAAACUGUUAGAUCUAUCUUUCUGCAGUAUAGAUGAAGGAGGAAUCCCCACUGAAAUUUGCCACCUAUCAUCUUUGCAGCAAUUACUUCUACCCGAGAAUCUUUUUAGGAGCAUACCUGCUGGGGUCAAUCAACUUUCUAUGCUGAGACUCCUUGACUUGGGUCACUGUCAAGAGCUUCGACAAAUUCCAGCGCUUCCAUCCAGUUUGCGUGUCUUAGAUGUACAUGGGUGCCCACGGCUGGAAACUUCUUCAGGUCUACUCUGGUCUUCUCUAUUCAACUGCUUCAAAUCAGUGAUUCAGGAUUUUGAAUGCAGGAUUUAUCCUAAAGAAAAAUGUUUUGCCCGAGUAAAUCUUAUUAUUUCAGGAAGUUGUGGAAUUCCAAAAUGGAUAAGCCAUCACGAAAAGGGAGCUAAAGUAGUUGCAAAGCUUCCUCAAAAUUGGUAUAAAAAUAACGACUUGUUGGGUUUUGUUUUGUACUGUGUCUAUGAUCCACUUGAUAAUGAAUCUGAGGAGACACUGGAGAAUGAUGCAACUUACUUCCAGUAUGAUUUGACUUUGCGUGGUCAUGAAAUUCAGUUUGUGGAUGAACUCCAGUUUUAUCCCUCGUAUCACUGGUAUGAUGUUGUACCAAAAAUGUGGAUGACUUAUUAUCCGAAGGUAAAGAUUGUGAAGAACUCCCCGUCAAAUAAAUGGGGGCAGUUGACAGCUUCAUUUUGUGGCUUCUCACAUGGUAAAGCAAUGAAAGUGGAAGAGUGUGGGAUCCAUCUCAUAUAUGCCCAUGAUCAUGAAAAGAACAAUGGUAAAGCGAUGAUACCCACCAUUUGCCGGGAAUGUCAAGAGGAUGUGCAAUCCCGACGGAAACUUUGUUUAAAGGGAAGUGCCAUCGAUGAACUACCCACUAUUGAGUGUCCCUUAGAACUUGAUAGCUUAUGUUUGCGAGAAUGCAAGAACCUUGAGCGUCUUCCCAGUAGCAUUUGUGAGUUGAAAUCCCUUACAACUCUCGACUGCUCAGGCUGUUCACGAUUAAGGAGCUUUCCAGAAAUCCUUGAGGAUGUGGAAAAUUUAAGAAAGCUUCAUUUAGUUGGAACUGCUAUAGAAGAACUACCAGCAUCAAUUCAAUAUUUAAGAGGGCUUCAAUGUUUGAAUCUUGCAGAUUGCACCAACCUUGUGAGUCUUCCAGAGACCAUUUGUAAUUUGAGUUCUCUCAAAAUUCUAGAUGUCAGUUUCUGUACAAAACUUGAGAAAUUUCCUGAGAACCUGAGGAGUUUGCAAUGUUUAGAGCGUUUGCACGCUUCAGGUCUAAAUCUAAGCAUGGACUGUUUUAGGAGCAUACUUGCAGGUAUCAUUCAACUUUCUAAACUGAGAAACCUUGACUUGAGUCACUGCCGGAGGGUUCCACAAGUUCCAGAGCUUCCGCGAAGUUUACGAUAUCUAGAUGUCCACAGUUGCACAUGCUUGGAAACUUUAUCAAGUCCAUCAAGUCAACUUGGUUUUUCUCCGUUCAAAUCAAUGAUUGAGGAAUUUGAAUGCGGCUCCUAUUGGAACGAGGCAAUCAGAGUUGUUAUUUCGGGAAAUAAUGGAAUUCCAGAGUGGAUAAGCCAGCAAAAAAAAGGAUCUCAAAUAACAAUAGAGCUUCCUAUGGAUUGGUACAGAAAAGAGGACUUCUUAGGAUUUGCUUUAUACUCUCUUUUUAUUCCUAUGGCUUGUGAUGGGUUAAAUUGCGAACUCAAUAUCUGUGGUGAUCAAUCUGAAUGCUGUCACGUGGAUGAUGUCCGGUUUAAUUGCUGCCCAAUUUGCGGUGAAUCAAGUCAAAUGUGUGUGACUUAUUAUCCCAAGGUUGCUAUUGACAACCAGUAUUGGUCAAACGAAUGGAGACGUUUGAAGGCUUCAUUUCAUAGCUUGGAUGCACCAGUCGAAGUGAAAGAGUGUGGGUACUAUCUUAUAUAUACAUGUUAUGUUAUCAACAGAAACAUCCCAGAAGAUACCAGUACUGAUGCUCAGAGAAGCUGUGACAACACAGAAGCCACCAAGCGCCACCAUCAGACAAUGAUAGCGUACAAUGAUGAGCAGAGAAGUUGUGACACCAGAUCAGCAGCAGAAGAUACUAAUUCUAACACACGAACAAGCUAUGACUGUAGACAGUGCACCGAGCAUCGCGAUUCUCCAAUGGAUACUAACAGUAAUGUUGUUGAUGCCCAAGAUGAUGAAGAGGACCAUAUGCCAAGAAGCAAAUUUGUUGGAUGGAUAUGCUGCAGAAGAUACUAAACAUUUAUCUCAAGCUUUUUCCUUCGACUUGAUCAAGCUUUGGUAGGGUGUGAUACAUUGCUGAAUGGAUGACAUUCAGAGCCCAACCUCUAUCAGGUCAGCCAUGAAAGUCCUUAUUAAUCAAGGCAAGUCAAACAUUUCAUUUCAAUUAAUUAUUCUGAUUAAAGCGGUGCCUCACACUUUAUUUUAUUUUGUACUAUACAUAUUUGUUGGUGUAAAAAAGAGAGAGAUUCUUGAAGCAAGAAUAAGAAAUCAAAUUAUGUAGGAAACUACAUUAUAAAUUCAAUUUUUUUUGUCCUUUCGAAUAUUGUUUUGAGAAGUAUUUCAAAUGAGUUAAAAAUAGA